CUUCGGAGUCACGUGAGUGACUACGUGAAGAAGCCAGCUUACGGCGCAUGCGUGUCAUAUCGCUACACGCAUUGCAACGAGUCACACCUGGGGAGGACGUCCCCUUGAAUGGGAGAACAGAAAAAGCCGACGAACGGCAGGUAAGUGACUCUGCAUUUCUAACUUUGUUGUAGGAAAUGGACAGAGCAACUCGCAGAAAGUCGGUGAGGAAGGUGCAGCACGUAAGUCGGGAAGGAGCCGGGGACCUGCAGCAGCAGCAGCCGACGCCACAGGAGAUUCCUAUGGAGGAACCAGCUGUGCCCGACUUGAACCCCGCGCCGGCAAAAUCUACUUCUCGGCCGGGCAGGAAGGUAAAGCAAAAGUUGCAUCACCUUCAAAGUGAUAUGGUUAUGGAGCAGCCGCGAGAUAGUACUUACCAGUACCGGAGAACCGACGAGCAGCUGCGGGAGAUGGAGCAGCCAGGAGCGGCCAGCUUUACGGAGCUGGAAAGCCGCUACGAGUGGCUGGAGGAUAUUCAGCCGCCGGCGACAGGUGCCCGUGAGUACCGGGGCCGUGAGGGGCGGCAGGAGAAUAUCGGGCGGCCGGGAGCGACCAGUGCUGGGAGGCAUGGGGACCGGCUGCGGGAACCGCGAGCGACUAGUGCCCGAGAGCACCAAGGUCGGCAGGAGCGGUCCGAUAGAGUUAAGCACCCGCGAUCGACUAGUGCCCGAGAGCAUGGAAGUCGGCUGGAGCGGUUGCUGGAUGAAAUUAUCCAGAGUGGCAGGCUCCGUGAUAGGGAGGAUAGCCACAGUGGGCAUAAUAUAAGUCCCACAGCAGUUUCCCAUAAAGGGCUGCAGGAUAUAUCAGACUCCUCUGAGGAGGGUAUGGAAGGUCUGACUGGGUCAGAAUCUGAGCAAGAGGUGGAGCCACCUUCCCCUAUUGAAGGGAAGAAAAACAACCUGCUGGACAUGGUGGGACAGUACUUCCAGCAGGAACAAACCGGGAAGAAUCUCGAGGACAGGAUGGCUGCAAGUAUUGAGUACAUGUCCACCCAUCAACUGCAAGCUAAUACGUUUGCUGAAGUGUUGGCAAGGCACUUACCACCGGGAAAUUGUGCUGCGCUGAAUGUAGCCAGUGUUAACCGGUGCAUUUGGAAACAUGUUGGGGCGGGCAUUAGGAGUCAGGAUCUUAAAGUCCAAAAUGCCCUGAAAGGUCUCACGGCGGGCAUAACAGCUUUGGCCCGCACGUUAGAGAAGGUGGACAUGACAAGUGAUCAUAAGGAUGCCUUAGCACUAUUUUGCAACGUGCAAUUUGAAUUAAAUAAUAUAAGAAAGGGGGCUAUUCAGCCAGCACUAGACCCGAAGUUUGCCAUAUUAUGUAAGCAAAGGGCUAUAAAACCUCAAACCCUGUUAUUUGGGGGAGACCUGUCCAAACAGGUUAAAGAUUUGGAUGAGGAGGCCAAGACUUUGGGGCUGAUUAGGGCAGCCAAAGGAUACCUAGGGAAGAGAUAUCAACCUUAUGGGAUUCCUAAGAAGGGUGGUUUCUAUAAUAGCACAAAGAAUUGGAGAGAGGCCAGAGGUCCCCAGCAGCAGCGUCCUUUUUUAGGGUUUGGCCCGGGACGACCACUGUGGAAGAUGCGGAAGCCUGUACUUCAGCAGCUAUCCCAACCGCAACCUCAAGGCCCUCCACAACCACGAAUGAAAAUGAGGAAAUAACUCAGUUACCACCGAUAACCAUGGAGGUAGGUGAAUCUGGGGCUCCAGAAUUAAUAGGGAGCACGGAAGUUGGAGGGACAUUGCAACUUCAUUUGGAAGCAUGGUGCAAUAUAACUAUGGACAGAUAUAUCCUUAGCAGUAUUAAGGGAUAUCUGAUAGAGUUUCUACACAAACAAAACCCUCCAGUACAACAUACACCGGACAGAAUAUACAUGCUUACUAAAUUGGAACAAGCUAAAGCUCACAUAGAACUACAAAGAUUAUUCACCAAAGGGGUAAUUGAACAAACCAAACCUGAACAACAGGAGUUUGUCUCAAACAUAUUUAUUAGAAAUAAGAAAGAUGGGGGUUGCCGUAUUAUUAUUGAUUUAUCAACGCUUAACAAAUUUGUGCAAUAUGUUCAUGUUAAAAUGGAUACGUUUAGCACUGCUAAAGAGUUAGUUUCAGCAGGCUAUUUUAUGGCAAGUAUUGAUCUUACAGAUGCUUACUAUACAAUACCCAUCAGAGAUAGACAUAGGCGGUUUUUGAAAUUUAACUGGAUGGGACAGCUUUGGCAAUACAAGGUGCUACCAAACGGGCUAACGUCAGCGCCCAGGUUAUUUACAUAAAUUCUUAAACCAGCUUUGGCAUUGCUGCGACAACAAAAACAUAGAGUAAUGGCAUAUUUGGAUGAUAUACUUAUAGUGGGAAAAACUUAUGAAUUGGCAUGUCAGGCAGUGGUUGCCACAAAGCAAUUGUUUGAACAGCUGGGAUUCAUUAUCCAUCCAAUUAAGUCUAAAUUAACACCAUCAACUAAUAUUGAUUACUUGGGGUUCACCAUUAACACAAUUGAUAUGUUAGUGACUUUACCAAUAGGGAAAGCCACAGAAUUACAAAAGGAUUGCACAGAGCUUAUUAAUACCUUUAAACCAUCCAUUAGACGGGUAGCCAGGAUGAUUGGCAAAAUUGUGGCCACAUUUCCUGCCAUACAAUUUGGGCCAUUACACUACCAAAAUUUACAGAGAGAGAAAAUUAGAGCACUCAAAAUUAAUAGAGGCCAUUUUGAUAGGCCAAUGGAGCUAACAAUUGAAGCUAUAAAAGAAUUACAAUGGUGGGAACACAAUGUUAAGUAUGGCUCCAACCCAAUAGUUAUUGACAACCCGUCUGUGGUAUUACAAACAGAUGCCAGUGCAAUUGGUUGGGGUGCAACGGAUACCAUCUCGAGCUGUGGAGGGAGAUGGAAUAUUCAAGAAGCUAACCUACUGAAUACUAAGGGUAUAAAUUACUUAGAAAUGUUAAGUGCGUUUUAUGGGCUAAAGUCUUAUUGCUCAGGAAUGAAACAGCAGCAUGUUAGAUUGCAGAUAGAUAAUACCACGGUGGUGGCAUAUAUAAGUCAUAUGGGUGGAAAUAUAUCAACAUCUUGUGAUAAAUUGGCAAACUCAAUUUGGCAUUGGUGUAUCCAAAGGAAUAUUUGGUUAUCGGCUACGUAUCUACCAGGGAUACUAAAUUCAGUGGCAGACGCCAGGUCACGAAAAUUUAAUGAAAAUACUGAAUGGAUGUUGGAUAGAACGGUCUUUGCUGAAAUCACAGUAAAGUAUGGAAGACCGGAUAUUGAUCUUUUUGCAUCCAGGUUAAAUCACCAGUUACCAAGGUAUGUAUCAUGGGAACCAGAUCCUGGGGCAGAAGCUACAGAUGCAUUCUCACUGCACUGGGGGAAAUGGUUCAUUUAUGCAUUUCCUCCUUUCUGCCUCAUCAAUCGGGUACUAAGGAAAAUUCAACAGGAUUCGGCAUCUGGGAUUCUCAUAGUACCUGAUUGGCCUACACAACCAUGGUUCUCGGUGAUACAGGAUAUGGUGUUAGAACCAUGUAUGAAUUUAAGACAUAGUCCUAAGUUGCUGGUGCAUCCGGUAACUCAGGAUAGCCAUCCAUGUCAUAAAAAUAUUGAUUUAUUGGCUUGUAGACUCUGAAAGAACCACUACGGGACAUAGGGCUAUCAAAUAGAACGGUGGACAUGAUCACAGCAGCACAAAGAAGGUCUACACAAAAGCAGUAUUUAAGUCAUAUUAGGAAAUGGACUAAUUACUGCCAUAAUAACCAUCUGGACCACAGAAAUAAGAAUGUUCCGGCAGUGCUAGAGUUUCUCACCAGUCUGCACUAUGAAGGACUUAGUUACAGCACUGUGAAUAGUGCCAGAAGUGCAUUAUCAACUUAUUUGUGGCAAGGAACAGAAAGACAGUCAGUGGGAUCACAUCCGCUGGUAGUUAAACUUUUAAGAGGCAUUUUUAACACCAGGCCACCCAAACCAAGAUAUAACCAGAUCUGGGAUGUAAGUGUGGUCCUCAACAUGCUAAGGAAUUGGUCGCCGGCUACAGCAUUAACUCUGGACACAUUAACUAGAAAAAUGGUCAUGCUGAUGGCACUGGUCACAGCACAAAGGGUCCAGUCAUUGCAAAAAUUAAGACUGGAUGGCUUGACUAUGGCGGCAGGACGUUUGGUUUUUGUGAUCCAGGACCUUAUUAAACAAAAUAGACCAGGAUCAGCGGGGCAGGUCAUAGAAUUUGUGGCCUACCCGGAGGACGAACGCCUCUGUAUAGUGAAACACAUUUUGUUAUAUAUUGAACGGACAAAGGCUAUCAGAGGCAAGGAAAUGGCGCUGUUAAUCAGCUAUAAGAAACCAUACCAUAGGGUGUCUACUCAGACCAUUUCACGGUGGCUGAAAUAUGGGUUAAGAAAGGCGGGAGUGGACACUAAUAUAUUUAAAUCUCACUCCACCAGGGCGGCAGCUACAUCCGCAGCAAAACGCCUUGAUGUAUCCAUGGACCAAAUCCUCAGGAUUGCAGGAUGGUCGUCGGAGAAAACGUUUCAAAAAUUUUAUAAUAAACCAGUUAGCAGUAUAGCAACGUUUUCGGGGAAACUUUUAAGUUCUGUAUGAUAAUUUAUCCCUGAAGAACAAGGGUUUAUGAUUUGAAUUAAUAAAAUAUUAUUUAUCGUUACGUUAAAUAAUUGGUAUGAAUGUUUUGUUGAAUAUCAUUAACAAUUUCUCCCAAACUACCAAGGCAGUUGUGAAGCAUGGACUCGUUCCACGGCGUGAGGUCACACAGCUUUGAAAUCUUCACGUAGUCACUCACGUGACUCCGAAGUAAAAUAGUAA